GACGUGAGGAGGAUUCCCUCGAGGAGGGUUCGGAUCGACGACAGGCUUAGCUGUACACUAUCGCAGCGUUGCUGACCGGCUUAGGAGUGGAGGCUAGCACCACCUUUGCCAUCUAUCCUCAGUGCUAUGCCUCUUAGACGCCGAAAUCGCGGGGAGACCCCUCCCAUUCCAGGAGAUGAGAAUGUUCCUGGAGGAAUAGCGGAAGCCUUGGGUCGUAUUGUUCAACAGUUGACUGCAGCGCUGCCGGGCUCCAGAACCGAUUUUACCAUGGAGCGAGCGAAGAAGCAUGGAGCUUAUAGCUUCUCCCAUGCUCCUGAUGCUUUGGAUGCCCAAAAUUGGUUGAACAAAAUGGAGAGGGUCUUUACUCAGAUUCAUUGCCCAGAGGACCGAAAGGUGGGUUUAGCAGUGGAUUUUCUUGAUGGUGUGGCUUUUGAUUGGUGGAAUAUGAUUAGCAGGGAUUUAGAGAAUGAUGGCCCAAUCACUUGGGAACAGUUCAAGGGACAUUUUACUGAGCGGUAUUAUGGUACAGCUAUCCGUGACAGGAUGAAGUAUGAGUUCUUACAUCUAGAGAAAGGGGACAAGACUGUGAUGGAGUUUGAGCAGCGGUUCACCCAGCUAGCCCAGUUUGUGCCUGAUCUAGUUGGCACUGAGAGAGAGCGGAUCUAUAGGUUUGUUGAUGGAUUGGGGGGUAAGUAUCGUGAGCAGUUGACAGGAGUGCCAUUUGAUAAUUAUUCUGAUGCAGUUAAUGCUGCUCUGCGACUUGAGACCAUGUAUCUGUCUGGUGUCCGACCUCGAGAUUUGGGUGGUCCCAGUCAGGGUCCAUCCAAGAAGGCUGCUUCUACCUCUGGGUCCGGAUCUUCAGUAGGCAGUGGACAGAGUAGUGGAUCUAGUGCCGGAUCUCGUUUUAGACGCGGGGGGCGUAUCAGGAGAUUCACUCGGGGACAGUUUGGUGGACGCCAGUUUGGGCAGAGCAGGGCUGGUUCUAGUAGUCAGCACAGGACUCCAGCUAGUCAACCAGCCCAGUUUGGGCAAUACCAGCCAGUUGGGUGCUUUGAGUGUGGACAGCAGGGCCACUUUAGGAGGGAUUGCCCUCUAUUGACCCAGAGAGUUGCAUCUACCCCUUUUCAGACCGCUGGUCAGUCAUUUGCCGGUACAUCUACUGGUGGUACCGUUGCUUCUACUAGCGGUGCCCGUAUCAAUUCAGCAGCUCGUGGCAGCCCGCAGCGGGGUAGGGGUCAGAGAGGACGUCCCACCACUCAUGCUAGGUUACAUGCCAUGACUCAGCAGGAGGGUCGCGACUCACCAGAUGUUAUUAUUGGUACGUUGUCUGUUUUUGGUCAGCCUGCUUAUACUUUAAUUGAUCCUGGUGCUUCACAUUCUUUUAUGUCGAGUAGAUUUGCAUGCUUUGCGAAUGUGCCAUCAUCGCUCCUUAUUGGGUGUUAA